AGUAUAAAAAAAAGUGAUAUUCAACCUGCUUCCGCCAAUGCUAUUACAGUUCUAUCACGUGCCAAAAUACAGCUCACAAUAAAUUUAAACAAUAUUCGUAUUCAAGGGGCGGAUUUAAGCAAUGGAAUUUUUAACAAUUCACAAUUUGUAAGAGCUGAUUUAAACAAUGUGAAUUUUCAAAAUGCAAAACUUCAAAGUGCGAACCUCAAAGGUGCAUCUCUUCAAAGUGCGAAUCUCAAUGGUGCAAAUCUUAAUGGUGCAAAUCUUCGGGAUUCAAAUCUUCAAGAUGCUAAAUGCUCAAAUGACCUGAGCCUAUAG